UUUUGAUCUGAUCAAUCCAAGAAGGCGAAGAAGAAGAGCAGCAGCCUGCAAUAUGCAUUCCGCGGAGGCCGACGAUUUCGAUGAGUACGAUCCGACCCCAUACGACGGUGGCUACGAUCUAGCCCGUACCUUCGGCCGUCCUCUCCCUCCCGACGAGGAGAUCUGCUACCCGAUCGAAUCCCCCUCGUCCUCUUCGUAUGACGGUUCUUAUUCCACCUUCAAGUACGGAUCCUCAACUUCUCCGUCGCCCUAUCAGUCUGAUACUACAGGCGAUCAGGGGUCUCAUUACCAGACGUCCCAGUACCAAUCCACGGACGAUCCCUAUUCCGGUGGCAGGAAGCCUUCUGGCUAUGGGGAAGGUCAAGGAUCUGGUUACGGAGGCUAUCGUCCGAAACCGGAUCCUUCUUAUGGUGAGGACCACGGAUCUGGUUAUGGCGGACAUCGUCCGAAGCCCAAGCCUUCGUACGGUGAGGAGGAGGGAUCUGAUUCGGGUGGGUACCGCCCGAGGCCGGAGCCCGCCUACGGCUUCCAACCUGCCGCUGAAGAGGGUUAUGGUGAAUAUGGCCGGCGACCCAAGCCCCAGCCAGCUUAUGGUUAUGGCAAAGAAACGAACCAAGAGGAAGGGUAUGGGGACUAUGGACGGCCAAAGCCUCAGCCGGCGUACGGUUUCCAACCGGAGUCCGGCUUCGGCGGGAGAGUGGAGCACGAGGGCUAUGGAUAUGAAGCGCCUCCGCCACGUCCGUCUUACGGCUUCGAGCAACAGGAACAAGGAUUUGGUUACGGAAGGCCGGAGAGGAGCGAGUUUGGUUCAGAGCAAGGCGGACGCCGGCCACCGCCUAGAUCCCAUGAGGAAGAGGAAGGAGUAGGAAGAUAUGGUGGUGGUGAGUUCGGAUACGGUAGGAGCGAGGAGAGGCCUUCUUACCAUCGUGCUGAUCAAGAUGAAGAAGGGUACAACCGCCCCAAAUAUGGACACAAUGAUGACGAUGAUGGUGAAAAGAAGCGCCAUCACCACCAUCACCGCAGGCAUGACUACGAGUGAAAGGAUCGACCAUGUCCACUGCAAUCAAUUUGCAGAUCUAUAUCCUAAUAUCUGCUGGAAGACCCUACUGUUUUUAUGGUGUGUUUCUUGUGGACCCUGUUCUAUCAUCAUGCGGUCGACAAGUACGAGUGAAUAAACUCUCUGUGGCGUGCUGAAUAAAUUCCUGAACAUUGCAAUAUGUGGCAGGGAAGUCUGGAAUUUGCUUUGUUAUGUA